UGACAAGUGCAUUGUGGGUAUGCUGACGUCUGACAUUAAAUGUAUCUGUUACGUACGUACAGCUCACUUCACUUUUUACACUGUGUAGAGGAACUGGAAUUUUCUAAAAUUAGGUAACACACGGUACAAUGUCAGAUCAGUGCCCAAGUAAAAAUGACAUCCAGCUGGUUUUUAAAAGAUUACGCUCAAUACCAACAAACAAGUCUUGCUUCGAUUGUGACGCGAAGAAUCCAACGUGGGCAAGUGUUACAUACGGCGUCUUCAUAUGCAUUGAUUGUUCAGCAGUUCAUAGAAGCCUUGGCGUUCAUUUGACAUUUGUUCGAUCGACACAGUUGGAUACGAAUUGGACAUGGCUUCAGUUACGACAGAUGCAGUUAGGAGGAAAUGCAAAUGCUAUGACAUUUUUUCGCCAGCAUAAUUGUACUUCAACAGAUGCGCAACAGAAAUACAAUUCACGUGCUGCCCAACUAUACAGAGAGAAGUUGCACCACUUAGCUAUUCAGGCCAUGCGACUUCAUGGAACAAAGGAUGAUGAAAAAUGGCGUCUCUGUGUUCCACAAAAACCUUUGUCUUCAACAGGAAAAUCUACUGAAGCUACACUAGACAUUGGUUCUACGCAAGAGGCCGCAGGAGUUUUAUCUCCCAGCAGCCAAGCGUUGCAUAUAGAUGCUACAUCGGAAUCAUCAUGUGGUGAUGAAAAGAGAGAGGAAGAUUUCUUUGCAGAACAUACCAAUAUGGAGUCUGUUCAAUAUGGUGAUCUAGAAGAGGAGCAGCCACGUGAAACUGCUAGAAGAAAUGGCAGUGCCUCUGGAGCUGCAAAUGUUAAUCGUGGUGAACCAAACGUCAAUGCCAUUCUCGCACCUGAGGGCAAUGAGAAACUCCAAGAAAGGAAAUCAACCAUUGGCACACGUAAGCCUCAGGCUAAACGAAGCACUCUUGGUGGAAAGAAAGGUGGUCUGGGAGCACAGAAAGUAAACGCAAAUUUUGCUGAAAUUGAAAAGGAAGCAACAAUGGCAGAUCAGCUAAAAUUGCAAGCAGCCGAAGAAGCAAAACUAAAUGCUGAGAAAGCUGCAGAAGAGGAGGAGAAGCGGAUGUUGUCAAUGCGGUUGGCGUACAAGGAUCUGAGUCUACAACAGAAGAAACAGGAGGAAAAGUUGAAACAAGUUGACCCAAAGAAGGCAGAACAGGUUGAACGUCUUGGAAUGGGCUUCACUUCACGAAUGGGGAUAAGCCAUUCUGCUGUCAGUGACAUGAAGACAAUUGAACAAGAAAAUCCGAACAUUAACUCUAGCACCACAAGCAACAAGUCUGUAUUUGACAAGGAAAGUGAUGGUUUUUUUGACGAUUUUGUUGUAUAUGGCAUGUAUAAGCCAUCUAGCUCAAGUGAGAGCAGAAGUUUGGAGUCUAUGUUCCUUGAUGGGAGCUCAAGCCGUGACAGAUACAGCAACUCAAGUAGAUCUUGGCAGCCAGAAAGUAGGCAGCCGUCUUCGUCAUUUUCAGUAGUCAGUACAGAUGAGAAACCUGCUCACAGAAAGGAUCCCAUCCCAGCACCAGCCUCUACAGGAGAUGAAGCUCAGAAGAAAUUUGGAAGUGCGAAAGCUAUUUCAUCAGACCAAUUUUUUGGAGACAGUCAUGACAAUAACUGGGAGCGUAAGGUAAAUCUAUCACGCUUUGAAGGUUCUUCUAGCAUUUCAUCUGCAGACUUCUUCGGUAAUGGUAAUGCAGCAAGCAAUCGCCCUUCAAGUUUCGCAGCACAAUUGCAAACACCAGAUCUAGAAGAUGUCAAAGAGAGUGUGAGACAAGGAGUAACAAAGGUUGCUGGGAAGUUGAGCUCAAUUGCAAAUGGAGUUAUGUCAUCUAUCCAGGAUCGAUACGGGUAUUGAUGGAUUGUACCAUUUUAAACAAGCACCAUGAAAGAGGCAUGGCAAACUUUAGUCUAUGCCCCUGGAAGAGUUCAUACAAAGUGUGCCUUGAUAUUUUUACAGCCGAAUUUAUUUGAAUAAAUUUGUGUCAUUCCAUUUUGUUUUCAGAUCAUAUUUGAAAGAUAAAAACUGGUGAAUGUGCAAAGAUAUUUUAUUCUUUUUCUUCUUUUUUUUAAAAAUUUUGUUUACAAUUAAAAUGUCAAAUAUUGUACAGAUUCAGUAUGUAAAUAUUAAAAUAAAGUAGAUACUGUAGA